UUCAGUCUAUAGCCUUAGCUAUACACACUUGUUCAUUUAGUCGAUCUCCUCUGCUUUCUUGGACUUUGCACUUGGACUAAAAGAAGAGCAAGAAUGAAACCUGCCAUACUGAUUCUAUGUCUGCUGGGAGCAGCCUACGCUAAUCCAAUCUUGCAUAAAAUGGCUAUGGAGAUGAUUCAACAUGCAUCCAACUCUUCGGAAAGCUCUUCAAUAUCUGAAUCCUCCGACCAGAGUAAUACCUCGGAACCUUCAGAAGAGACGUCCAAGGAAAAUGCCUCCGACAGCAAUAGCUCAGAAUCGCUCGAAUCUGACUCGGAUGAAACGAUCUCUAAAGAGAGCGAAAGCCAUUCUGUGGAAAGCCUGAUCGAAAAAAGCGAGACUGCACUGACAUCGGACAACACUCAAAGCAGUAAAGAGAAUGUUCGUAGGGGCUGGAUCUACACCCUGAAAUGGGUCCAUACGAACAACAGUGACAAAGUGCAAGGGACCAGCCAGCCAGACAUCAAAUCCAUUAGUGAUGCAUCAAUGAAAAGUGAAAGCAGUGAAUCAAGUGAAAGCCAGGAAACGGUUGUUCUGAGCACAAAGGAAGAGAAUAACGGUGCCGACACAAGUGAAAGCACUGAACACAGUCAUAGUGUUGAAGGUGCUGAGUAUAGUACAAGCAACAGCAGCAGCAGCAGCAGUGAAAGCACUGAGUCCAACAGCAGUGCAGAGGAGAGCGAAAGCCGCUCAACUGAGUGCCCUCCCGGGGCUGACAGCCAAGAAUGUGACAGCGAGGAAGACUUUCCUCAGGAUAUCGGUGACGAUGGUGCAACCGACCCUUUCAAUGGCUUCCUAAUGCCUGAUUUCACUGAGCCCUAGCAGCAGUUUAAGACAUGAUCGUAUGACUCAAUGCUCUGAUAUCUGCAAGUGGAAAUCCCAGGAACAUAUUAAAAUGGGAAUGUUCUAGGAAAAUAUUUAAAGGACGGUAUGUAAGGAAAUUGGCAUAAUAGUAAUAUAAACCGUUAAAUAAAUGUUAAUAAUACUAUUUUUUAAGGUACCUCAGUCUAGAUCAUUCUUAACUUAAAAUUAAAAAUAUAUUAUUGGCAUACAUUGAUGUUUUGUUUUUAUACUUGACCCUAUUGUUAACACUUU